AUGGACAAAUAUCUGCGGACCUGGAGACAAGACGCCUUGAACAAGGGCCAACAUGACGCGGCCAUCUAUAUUGGAGACAAGGUCCUCGCUUUGACAAACAGUGAUGCCGAUGCAUUUUGGCUGGCCCAGGUGCAUUUUGGAAACAACAACUUUACCCGUGCGCUGGCUCUCCUUUCUCGAAAAGACCUCAUCCAUCGAAGUCUGUCAUGUCGGUACCUCGCCGCUCAUUGCUACAUCAAACAGGGCAGAUAUGAGCAAGCCCUGGUCAUUCUCGGCGAGGAAAACCCCACCCAUCUAAUCACGACUUCCCACAACGCACGGAGGAAGUUGGCGCACGUCAAUGGCCAUUACCAGAAGAGCAGCAUCACCCAGAGGGGCGGGAGGGCGCAAAGAGAUCGGAUUGAGCUGAGUGAAGAGCGUGAACGGGAUCGCGAAUCGGAGAAAGAACUCAAGUUUCAGGCUGGCAUGUGCUAUUUGCGAGGGCUCUGCUUUGCCAAACGGAACGCCUUUGAUCGCGCAAGAGACUGUUACCGAGAUGCGGUGCGGAUCGAUGUGCAGUGUUUCGAAGCCUUCGACCAACUGAUGAAGAAUUCGCUGAUGUCUCCGGCCGAGGAGUUGGCCUUCUUGGACGAGCUAGACUUUGACUCGAUUCGAGUAGAAGACCAGUCCCUGGCACAGGAGGCUGCGCACUUCACAAAGCUACUCUACACCACCCGCUUGUCCAAAUACUCUUCACCGGCAACCCUGGCCAAUGCCACCGAAACCCUGUCCACUCACUACAACCUCGCCUCCAAUGCCGACUUGCUCCUGACCAGAGCCGAGACGCUCUUUACCCAAUGUCGCUUUCACGAAGCGCUUGCCAUAACCACGAGCAUCCUGAAUUCCCAGGACAACUCCAACGGCUCGACAGACGCCUCUUCCAGCAACACCAAUGCCUCUCUUGGCCACACCCCGCGGCUCUAUCCCCUCCAUCUCGCCGUCCUUUAUGAGACAGGCGCACAUAACACUCUAUUUCAUCUCUCGCAUACCUUGUCCACUCACGCGCCCCAUGAAGCCUACACUUAUCUCGCGAUAGGUACAUACUACUUGUCCACCUUUCGAAUCGCCGAAGCCCGUCGGUUCUUCUCCAAGGCGUCAUUGAUGGACUCUCAUUCAGCCGCCGCUUGGAUCGGAUUUGCCCACACUUUCGCUGCCGAGGGGGAACACGAUCAAGCAAUCGCAGCGUAUUCUACUGCUGCAAGGUUGUUUCAGGGCAGUCAUUUGCCUCAGCUUUUCCUGGGCAUGCAACAUCUCGCCCUGAACAACAUGCAGCUUGCUUGGGAGUACACCCUCGCAGCGUUUGAGAAAAGCAGUGGUGGACUGAAUGGCGGAACCGAGAAAGAGCUGGGAGAUACGAUAUUCAACAACAGUGGCGAUCUUGGUGGCGACCCUCUGGUGCUCAACGAGAUCGGCGUCAUUCUGUACCACCAGUCCAAUCUACCAGCCGCGGCAAAAUUAUUUCACCGCUCGCUUGAACUGGCUUCAGAGUUGGGGUUCAAUAUGACUGCUUGGGUGGCAACACGGGCGAACUUGGCCCACGCCCUGCGUCGACUGGGAAGAUUUGAGGAAGCGUUGGCCGAGUUUGACGAAUGUUUACGCACCGCCACCGGAGGUGCUGCUCCGGCCUCGGCUUUCGAGCCAGGCCACGGAACGUCAGCCUUUGCAAAUUUGAGUAUCAAUGGUUUAAGUACAGGUCUCACCCCUAGCGGUGCAGCCAGUGGCUACGAAGAGCGCAACCUCCUCGGAAGCAUUCAUACCAGUCGAGGAUUGGUCCUUCUCAGCAUGGUUGGACGCACAAGGGAUGCUGUCAUGGCUCUUCACGAAGCUGUCCACGUUCUCGGCGGGGAUGCGGGCGGUGGAGGUGUCGCAGGCUCGCUGCUCAGUCGUGCAAUGGAAUUCUGGGCUCUGGAGGAAGAGCAGGAGUCUGAUGAAAACGAAAAUCCUGUUUCACACGAUCCGCCCGCCGGGAAAUCGGGGAUCCGGUCUAGACGCCGAGGGAAAGACAUCAAGACCUCUGCAGAGUCCACAAAGCACCUGAGCAGUGGGCACAAGGCCGAACAACGUAUGGAUGGAGACGCGGACGAAAUUCUGAAUGCAGCUUUCCGUGCUGUCGGACAAUAA